AUGAAUAUUUUAAAUAAAUUAUCACCACAAUUUAAGCAAUUUCUUUAAGAAGAAGGCAUUAAUGAGGAAAUCUUUAUGUUUGAAUAAACACUUCGUUACAUUCGGAUUAAACCAGAUUACUUGAUUACUUUUGAGGAACUUUAAAAACAAGUUUCUGAUUUAAUUGAGCCAAUCAUAUAAAUUCCAACAUUGUAUUCAAUUCCAGCUGAUUAAAAAAUUAAUAAUCUUCAAUUAUAUAAGGAUGGUAUUUUAUAUGGUAUAGAUAAAUCCAGUGCUGCUGUUGUUUAUUCAUUAGACAUAAAUUAAAAUGAUAUUAAUUUAUUAGAAAUUUGCUGUGCACCUGGAGCUAAAUUAACUUUUAUUGCAGAUUUAUUGAGAAUUUAAACAAAUAAAGAUGGAAUAUAAAGAAAAGUUUUUGGAAUUGACAUUUCCUAAAAUAGAUUAAAUAUUACUCAAUCUAUAGUGAAUAAAUAUAAAUUAGAAAAAUAUGUUGAAUUAAUAUAAGAAGAUGGAACAAAAUAUUAAAGUCCAAUAUAAUUUGAUAAAGUUUUAAUUGAUGCUGAAUGUACACAUGAAGGUAGUAUAAAACAUUUAAAAAAAUAUAUUGAUAAACCAAUACCUGAAAAAAAUUCUAAAAAAUAAUUCAAGAAUAAUAAGGUAUCCAAAAAGUAGUUAUAGAAAAAUCACACUAAUAUUUACACAACCCAAUAGACAAAAGCACAUGAAUGGACAGAAGAAGAUUUCAACAAUAGAUUCUUGGAUUAAAAGAAAUUGUAACAAAUAUACGACUUAUAGUUUUCAUUAUUAGAAAAUGGAUAUAAACAUUUAAAAUAAAAUGGAAUAUUAAUUUAUAGUACAUGCUCUUUUUCAUAAAAAUAAAAUGAAGAUCAAAUUAUUAAAUUUUUAGAAUAAAAUAAUGACGCUAUUCUAAUGCAUCCAUUUUGGGAUAUGUAAGAAUAAUAAUGCAAACCUGGCUAAAUAUUUAAUACUGUUAGAUUUGAUCCAAAAGUUUCAAAUACAGGUGGAAUGUUCAUUGCAAAAAUUAAAAAAUUGUGA